AUGGAGCAAGUGGAUGUUGUGAUCGUAGGUGCUGGUCCUGCCGGCAUUGCAACCUCUGCAUGUCUCAACCGCCUUAAUAUUUCAAACGUUGUACUUGAAAGAGAAGAUUGUUAUGCUUCUCUUUGGAAGAAAAGGUCGUAUGAUCGUCUGAAGCUUCACUUGGCAAAGCAAUUUUGCGAGCUUCCCCAUAUGCCAUUUCCUCCAAAUGCACCAAAGUAUGUCCCCAAGGAUCAGUUUGUUGAAUACUUGGAUUCUUAUGUGUCUCAUUUUAAGAUACAACCUCUGUACCACCGUGUCGUGGAAACUGCUUUUUACGACGCAGAUGUCGAAAAAUGGCACGUCAUUGUGAAAAACACAUCUUUGGAUGCUCAAGAAAUUUACCUUGGUAAGUUUCUUGUGGUUGCAAGUGGUGAAAAUAGUGAGGGUUAUAUUCCUCAAGUGCAAGGCCUGGAUAGCUUUGGAGGGGAGUUCAUGCAUUCAAGUAAGUACGAAAAUGGCAAGAAAUAUAGUGGAAAAAAUGUUUUGGUUGUUGGUUGUGGGAACUCAGGCAUGGAAAUUGCUUAUGAUUUAUCAAAUUCGGGUGCAAAUACUUCCAUUGUUGUCCGUUCUCCGAUACAUGUUCUCACCAAGGAAAUCGUGUUCCUUGGAAUGGUGAUGGCAAAAUACAUUCCUAUUAAUUUGGUCGACAACGUUAUGGUUAUCUUAAGCAAAUUAAGGUUUGGAGAUUUAUCCAAGUAUGGAAUUCGAAGGCCCAAAAGUGGACCCUUUUUUCUCAAGGAAAAGGGUCAAGCCCCCAUCAUUGAUGUAGGGAGCGUUAACAAGAUCAGGACCGGAGAAUUAAAGGUCGUUCCAUCCAUCACAAGCAUCCAAGGAGACAAUAUCGAGUUUGAGAAUGGCUGCAAAGACCGCUUUGAUGCUAUUGUAUUUGCUACUGGCUACAAAAGCACUGUGCUAAAUUGGCUCAAGGAUGGGCACAAUCUCUUCAAUGACGAUGGAAUGCCGAAACAAAGUUUCCCAAAUAACUGGAAAGGGAAGAACGGUCUUUACUGUGCUGGAUUUUCUAGGCGUGGAUUAUUUGGCAUUUCACAUGAUGCGCGAAUGAUAAUAAGCGACAUUAGCUUUGCUUUGGAUCAGAACAAGAAAAAGAGUUAA